AAAUCAAUGAAGGUAAUUUACGAUUGAUACGCUUAUCUGUGAGCAAAGUACGUCAUAUGAUGAACUGGUCUUUAAAAACCCCGAACAUUCUAAUCGUCUUGUCAUUGCCCAAAUCAGUUUCUCCGUCGCAUAUUCAUCAUGAAUUUCUCACAGUUGUUGGUGGUAAUGCUGGUGACCAUUUGUUGCGCCAGUGCUUGCGUCCAUCCACCGCUGCCCCCAGAUUACACGAACGAAGCCUACAUCGGGGAGUGGUACGAAAUUGGAAGGAUCCAAACGCCAGGUGGAGCGGAAUAUCAAAAGGAUUGCAUUUGCACCAAGACAACCAUCACGUCCGACUAUCCCGUUUGGGGUGACGCAGAAGUCACUUACGAAUGCAGAAUGUACACCCCAGAAAACACCAACAUCACUUCUAUUGAUGGUAUUCUAACCGCCGGCGAAGUUCCGGGUAAUUUCAACCAGCGAUUUCCACCUCUACUUCGUGGUGUUGAUUACAACAUAAUCUGGAUCGAUCAAGACACUGCCAUGGAAUACGAUUGCCGAGCUGUUACGGGUGGCGAAGAGUAUUGCGUUCAUUUCAUGUCGCGUACCAUUACCAUCGAACCAACCAAACUGCAGACCAUGGUCGAUUACGCUGAGGGCCUGGGUUUGAACCCUCUUGCUAUUCCAUACUUGUCGGUCCAACAAGAAGGUUGUUGGUAAAAUGAUUAACAUCAUGGACAGAUCGUUAAUUUGAGAAGAUUAUAUAUGCCAAAGAUUAGUAUCGAAAUUUCGAGCAAGGUCACCAUUUUUUAUCUACUGUGUAUUUAAAACAAUAUCGUCAAAUAAAAUUUUUCACAGCG